AUGAAACUUCACUUCUAUGAAAACAGCCCUGAUAUUUUAAUGUGGUGUGCUGAAGGAGGUGAUUCCAGAGUAGCGGUGGUGAGGGGCAAGGAUGUACGAAAUAUGGAUAGGUGGCUCGUCCUGAAAUUGCGCCACGCUUCGCGCCGUUCCAGGAGGCGAAAAGCAAGUACCCUCAAAUUAGACCGCAACUGUCAUCUCCAGUUAACGGCCAAUGAAGCAAUUCAAAAAACAACUUCGAGGAAAACCUCGUUUUUGUUUGUUCUUGACAACCGCCUGCAUUUUUCAUGCACCACACUUCAGGCACAAAAGCAGCUGGCAAAUGAGAAGCCAAAACUCGACCUCAGACCACUGGCGCUCAAACUGAGACUGUUUUGCUCGUAUCGAGAUGCGCCCCUCGCCGUCCUCCUGAUCGAAACAGACCCUCUGUGCCUGCCCAAUUAA